UUCAGUGUCUCGUCGAGAGUGGCCGCGACACUACUCGCGACCAUCGUGCGCUUCCCGAGGACUGUGCCGCCUGUGAUAUACGAACAGUGAAAAGUUCAUGAACUGCGUGUUGAAAUUUGUUUGAACUAUAACAUCACGUGACGAUUACCUGUCAAAAAAAUUCCUGUAGCCCUUACAAGGUGCUCCAGACGACUGACAUCGCUCAAACUCGAAGCGUUGACAAGCACGGCGGGCGGUGGCGGAUUGCGGGUAGCGGUUGCGAAGCUGCAAGAUAACGAAUGUUGCCACGGCCCCUCUCAGAGAGCACAAUGCGGUUGCUACUCAGUAUAGUGUUACUGGCUUACGCAGCUGAAGCCGCAAAAAAGUUCGAAGGGACAUUAAGAUCGGCAGUUGACGCGCCACCUCAAGACAAUCUUGCCAUAGAAUCUGGUUCACCGGAGCCAGCUGUAGUAGCUGCUCCCGAGGGGUAUCAGAAUCCAGGAGCACCGCCACCUGAGGACCCCGUUUCUGAGGAGCCAGCUGAACCGUCCGCCGCCGCCGUGCCUGAGACUGCUUCGGGAGGAGUUCCACCUUCUGCUCCCAGUGGAGCAUCCGCUCCGUCUGCUCCCGCCAACUCCUUGGAAGAAUGCGAUCCCGAGAUGAUCGGUUUCGAACUUGUGACCGGGUACGUGUUCUCGGCGCCGUCUCACAUCCUAGACGACAUCCCCGGCACACUUAUGUUGACCGACUGCCUUGAGCAGUGCCAAGCCAACGAUACCUGUCGUGCCGUCAACUACGAGACUGGGCUCUGUGUUCUCUUCGGCUCCGAUGCUGACCAAUUACCCGGUGCAUUAACAAAGUCACAAUUCCCGGUGUUCACGAUCUACGCACAAAAGUCGUGUCUGGGCGUGCGUCCCUGUGAGAGGGCUUGGUGCUUCGACCGCGUGCGCGGCUACCAUCUCAAAGGGAGAGGCAAGAGGACACACACAGUCGGUUCCAGGCAGAUGUGCCUUGACCUCUGCCUUGGCGAAAACGAGUUUGUUUGCAGAUCGGCGAACUACAACAAUAAAACUGGGGAGUGCGUGCUGUCUAACAUGGACCGUAUUACUCUGGCGGGAACCAACUCUUUCCAACCGAACGAAGACACCGACUAUUUGGAAAAUAACUGCGUAGAGGAGCCUACCAAACUUUGUGAAUUCAAGAAAAUGGGUGGUCGUAUUCUAAAAACUGUGGACUCUGUAUAUCAAGAUGUCCAAACCGUUGAGGAAUGCCGUGAACUUUGCUUGAAUUCGCCUUUCCGUUGCCACUCGUACGACCAUGGAGAUACUGGAGACCAUGUCUGCCGUCUGUCUCAUCACUCCCGAGCCACGCUAGCCGAUAUUCAGGACCCUUACUUGGAGGUUCCCGAAGCGGCCACCUACGAAUUGUCAUCUUGUUACAACGUGUCUAUCGAUUGUCGUUCUGGUGACAUGGUCGCUAAAAUUCAAACAUCCAAACUUUUCGAUGGCAAAAUCUACGCCAAGGGCAGUCCUAACUCCUGUGUCGUCGACGUUAAACAGAGUCUUGAAUUCGAAUUGCACAUGGGAUACAACAACCUCGAGUGUAACGUUAAACAGAAUGGACUUGGAAGGUACUUAAAUGAUGUGGUUAUUCAGCAUCACGAUACCAUCGUUACAUCCUCUGAUCUCGGCUUAGCUGUAACUUGCCAAUACGAUCUCACCAACAAGACUGUAGCAAACGAGGUCGACCUGGGCAUCCACGGCGACAUCAAGACCGGUCUGACUGAGGAGGUCAUUGUCGACUCUCCCAACGUAGCUAUGCGUAUUACCGACAGGAAUGGAGACGACACUAUUGCAUCUGCUGAAGUUGGAGACCCCCUGGCACUUCGUUUCGAGAUCAUGGACCCCAACUCGCCAUUCGAAAUCUUUGUGCGAGAGCUUGUUGCCAUGGAUGGAGUCGAUUCCAGCGAAAUCACCCUCAUCGACAGCAACGGUUGUCCCACCGAGCACUUCAUCAUGGGACCAUUGUUCAAAUCAGCGAAUAGUGGAAAGAUGCUGUUGUCUCACUUUGACGCCUUCAAGUUCCCAUCUUCGGAAGUCGUCCAGUUCCGAGCAUUAGUCACUCCCUGCAUGCCUACGUGUGAACCAGUUCAGUGCGACGGCGGCCCGAACGAACUCCGCUCCGUCAUGUCUUACGGACGUAGGAAGAGGCGUUCGACCCCCGCGGCACCUACCGACGACAUGCUUCUUGUGCAAACCAUUCAGAUUACCGACAAGUUCGGCUUCGAUAAACAACGCGCCAAGAACGUUACUGAAGACUCCGUGUAUGUUAGAGAGACCGACGUUACUUGCGUAAACGCAGCAGGAGCAAUGCUUGCGGCGGCUGCUUUCCUGGCAGCUCAACUAGUCGUGCUCGCUGCGUGGACAUGCAGUUGGCAGCGAAGACGCGCCGCCGCUAAAGCUGCUGAGCUGCUACCAGGACCCAAUGCUCCCUCCGCUCUAUGCAAAGUCUAUGAUGCCAGUUUUUCUCGUGCGCACCAGAGGCAUUUCUAAAUAACAUUAGGCGUGUCGACGUGAUCAGCGUCCGCAAUAGUAGUAUAUUUCGUUAGUUUAAAAACCCCCGUCGAGUUCUGGCUCGUGAGGACGAUAUCCUUUGGGUGUCAAGUCGUCCGCCGAGAGCGCAGAGCAGCGAUAGCGGUUAUUUAAUGGUUAGUGGCCGAGCGCUUCCACAGCACAGCACGUAAGGGCGCGGUGGUGCGGGGGCGCGCGACACAGAGGCGGGGACGACCAGCAGAGCGUGCGCGAAUGUGGACGGAUGCGAGUGCGGCGCGUUGUGUGACCGUUGUUGAGUGCGUCUUGUGUGUGAGAACGCUCGCUUGUCCCCAUCUCCGGCGUCGUCGGCGGGACCGCGGCCGUGAGUCGUUAUCAAGAUCACGUCGCUCAUUCGUUCACUUUACGCUCGGACAUCCAUUUGUGGAAGUCCGAUUACGUAUUGUACCAUAUUUUUUUAAAAGUAGCGUAAGCCUGAUUUUAAUGAUACGUAGUGAUAAGUAAAAAGUAACAUUUCAGUACCUUUUAAGUAGAUAACCGAACGUGCGACCUAAGUCAAGAGACGAUGGAUUGACGGCCGUCCCGACAUCGUAAUUUAUUUAAUUUAGGAUAGUUUCUUUUUUACGUAAUUUAUGAUUGAAUUUAAUACUAUUUAAUAAAAAUUUAAUAUAAAUGAAAUACCUACCUAAACAAAAGAAAGCUUACGACUUACAAAAUGUGCUAUUCCAUGUUAACUGAAAGUAUUUUAUUAUGAUAUCUACUAGUGCCUUAAUAAUGAGAUGUUAAUGUAUUAAAAUGUUGUUUAAACCUCUUAUUUAAACGGCAUUUUACCCUGAUUCAUCCGUCCAAAUUGUCAUUACUUAAAAUAAAACUUCCAAAAUA